AUGGCUGCGGACGGUAAGUCGGUGCAGGCAGUGAAGGGGCUGGACAUAGCGGUGAUGGCGGGGAAGUGGUACACCAUAGCCAGCAUCCCGCCCAAGGGGCAGCCGACGGACAGCAGCGGCAACACGACAACGUACACGGUGAACAAGGACGGCGCUAGCCUCAAGGUGGUCAACGAAGCCAUCAUGGCCAGCGGCAAACACGGGAAAGUGGAGGGUAAGCUGGCGAAGGCGAAAGACGCGGGCGUCGAGGCGCGGUUCGGGCAGACGUUAUGGGUGCCGCCGUUUGCGCCGAUCAUUCCUGUGCACACGGACAUCUGGGUGAUGGCGAUGGAGGAAGGCGACAACCCCCAGUACAUGCUGCACGGCCAGCCUGCUAAGCAGGCGCUCUGGAUACACAGCAGAACUCCGGAGUUGCCUAAGGAGGUUGUUGAUAAGCUGCUGCAGAUGGCUGCUGACCAAGGAUUCGACUUGAGCAAGCUCAUUUAUUACAAGCAAUCUACUCCAGAGCCUUCAGCUUGA